UGCUUUCGUAUGUCACUCAUGACGUUUCAUCCCUGACCUUUCCUCGCUUUCACUGUCUUUCUUCACUAUACUAGCUUCGCUGUGUAAGCUGGUGUAUAUCACCUCUCAUUCCUUCAUUUCCAUUUCCCCUUCUUCCUCUCUUCCUUAGAAGCAAUGGUUUCUGCAAAUGCCUCUGUACAAAUGGUCUUCUUCCCUUUUGUGGGAGGAGGCCAUCAGAUCCCCAUGAUCGACACCGCCAUAGCUUCUGCAUCUCACGGAGCCAACUCCAUCAUCAUCACUACCCUCUCUAACUCUCUUCAGUUCCACAAGUCCAUCGCCCGACACCAACAUUCCGGCCUUCCCGUCUCCAUUCUUACUCUGCCUCCAAACCUCGAAAUCUCCGACAUCGACAUGUCCGCCAGCCCCGCCACAGACACCUCCGUUCUCCGACAGCCUCUCCAGCAACUCCUCCAGGAUCUCCGUCCCGAUGCCAUUGUCAUCGACAUGUUCCAUCGUUGGGCUGCUGAUGUCAUCGACGAGCUCCAAAUCCCAAGGAUCGUCUUCCACGGUAGUGGCUGUUUCUCUCACUGUGUCUUCCACAACGUCACACACUAUGCUCCGCACGAGAAACUGGGUUUCGAUUCGGAUCCCUUUGUCGUUCCGGGUCUCCCUGACCCGAUUGAAUUGACAAGGUCGCAGCUUCCGCCAUUUAUCAGAGACCCAUCUCAAGGAUUCGAUCGAAGGAAGAAAGCAGAGGAGAAUAGCUUCGGGACCGUGACAAAUAGCUUCUACGAUUUGGAACCGGCCUAUGCUGAUUACCUCAGAGAUGUUAUAAAGACGAGAGCAUGGCUCGUGGGACCUGUGUCUCUGUUUAACCAAAAAACAGAGGACAAAUCAGAGAGAGGAAAGAUUCCUACGAUUGACGAACAAACCUGUUUGAAUUGGCUGAACUCAAAAGAACCCAAUUCAGUUCUGUACAUCAGCUUCGGGAGUUUAGCUCGGUUACCUCGGGGACAGCUCAAGGAAAUUGCCUCUGCCCUUGAAUCUUGCGAUCAGCCAUUCAUUUGGGUUGUAGGGAAAAUCUUCAAAUCCUCCGAAACAGAGGAAGAGGAUGAAUCAGAUUGGCUCCCAGAUGGGUUCGAACAGAGAACGAUCGAAACGAAGAAGGGUUUGAUUAUAAGGGGUUGGGCUCCACAACUGUUGAUACUAGAACACAAAUCAGUCGGGGGAUUUAUGACACACUGUGGGUGGAAUUCUACACUGGAAGGGCUGAGUUCGGGGGUUCCGAUGAUGACAUGGCCGUUGUCGGCGGAGCAAUUUACGAACGAGAAGUUGGUGAGUAGGGUGUUGAAGGUGGGAGUGGAGGUGGGGAGUCGAGAGUGGGCGUCGUGGAAGGAUGAACGAAGAGAGGUGGUGGGGAAAGAGAAGGUGGAGAAGGCAGUGAGGAAAGUGAUGGGUAAGAGUGAAGAAGCAGAGAAGAUGAGAGAGAGAAUCAGAGACAUUGCAGCCAAAGCAAGGAGAGUUGUGGAUGAAAGAGGCACUUCUUAUGCUGAUAUUGAUGCAUGCAUUCAUGAGCUUACACUUCGCCGCCAAACUUGUUUCAAGACAAAUUAGUAGUUUAUUUUCUAAGAUUUUAUCUUGUGAAAAUGUUUAAAUUUGUCAACGGUAUCAGCAUUACCAGCGCGUGUCUCCACUUAGUUACCUUUUUUAAUGGGUAGAUUAACCAAUUAAAAUUUA